UUUCAGCCAUCAAAAGCUGCUUGAUAAUUUUGUUGAAGUUUAUUCUUCAAUUAUUUUUCUGGUGAAAGGUUGUCUGACUUAUUGGCUAUUUUAUUUCAGAAUCAAUAUCUUGUUUGAAAAUAUUUUCAGCUUCUUCAAGAUAGCUGAAUUCUACAGUUUUGUAGAAGCUGAAUCAAAGGAAAAUGCCUGAACGACAUGAAGUUGUGAUAUCCGGGGUUGGAGGUAUAUUCCCAGAAUGUGACAGCAUUGAUGAAUUGAAGAAGAAACUCUUCGAGAAUAUCAGCCUAGUUACUGAUGACGAUCGAAGAUGGCCUCGUGGUGAGCUGGGAGUACCAAGUGCCAUAGGAAAAGUCAAAUCAAAAGACCAAUUCGAUGCUAAUUUCUUCGGAAUCCAUAGGAAAUUAUGUGAGAAUUUGGAUCCUCUGACUAGACUAUCUAUGGAAAGAGCUUAUGAAGCCAUAGUAGAUGCAGGUGUGAAUCCUACUGAGCUGAAUGGCUCGAAUACAGCAGUGAUGAUGGCUUCCUGCAUCAGUGAGACUGAAUUCCUGACCAUAUUCGACACGAAGCGACAAGGUUUCGGUAUUCUAGGUCACAACAGGUCCAUGCAGGCUAAUCGGCUCUCAUACAUUCUCAAUCUAACUGGGCCCAGUUUCUGUGUGGAUAGCACUUGGAUCGGGGGCAUGGAGUGCCUACAGCAGGCGUUCAACUUGGUGGCCGACGGUCAUUGCAACUCUGCUCUGGUCGGCAUUGCCAAUCUCACGCUCUAUCCCAACAUCUCCCUGCAGUAUGUCGGCAUGGGAAAACUCAGCACUGAUGGGUGCACACGCUCCUUCAGUGAAGAUGCCGACGGGUACACUCGAUCCGAAGCAGUGGUGGUGCUUUACCUGCAACGUAAGCAGGACGCUAAGCGUUCGUACGGCACCCUGGUGGGGGUGUCGUCGACCAACCUGGGGGAGCGACCUGGUGCCUACCUGCAGUCCCCCACGCCGGAUGCGUUCAGGACGUUCCUCAGUGACACCUACCGCAAAGCCAACGUGGAUCCCACACUCAUAUCAUACCUGGAAGCUGAUGGCAGUGGGUUACCGGCUGUUGACGCAUACGAAUUGAAUGUCUGUGAUGAGGUUUUGUGCAAGAACCGCAAAGACCCUCUGCUAAUUGGGUCGAUAAAAAGUAACAUCGGGCACACUGAGGCAUCUUCUUGUCUGGUUGCAAUUGUCAAGGCAUUGAUUGCUAUGGAUCACGACAUCAUACCUCCCAAUCUCAACUAUUCGUCUCCUAACCCGAAAAUACCUGCCCUGGUCGAGCAAAGAAUGAAGGUUGUAACCGAGGCCACACCCUUGGAAGGAGACUACGUGGCUGUGAACUCCAUGUCUUUGACUGGCUCGGUGUCUCAUGUCAUACUCAAGAAAAAUCCCAAACGAAAAGUGAGAGCCGAUAUACAGAAUAACUUCAAGGAUGGAGUGCCUAGACUGUUCAUGGCUUCUGCGAGAGAUGAAUUUGGCAUGAACAAGAUUUUUGACAUGGUAGAAAGUGGCCCCCUCGAUGAAGAAUACUUCUAUCUGGCGAACGAUGUUUUCAGUAAAGACAUACAGGGGCAUCUCUUCCGAGGAUAUACAGUUUUGCCGAAAACAGAAAAUUCCCAAAGGAAUUCUAUGGAAGUUGGCGGUGGAAAGCAACGACCAAUCUGGUUCAUUUUCUCGGGCAUGGGAUCACAGUGGUCGGCGAUGGGUCGAUCUCUGUUGCAGUUCCCCGUUUUCGCUGCAGCCAUGCACAAAUGCCAGGCAGCUCUUAAGCCGAAGGGCAUCGACCUCAUCAACAUCCUCUCCAGUGACGAUCCAGCCGUCCUCGAAAACGUUCUCAACUGUUUUGUUGGAAUCGCUGCUGUUCAGAUUGGAUUGGUGGACCUGCUGUACGCGAUGGGCAUCAAACCAGAUGGCAUCGUGGGUCACUCAGUGGGUGAAUUGGGCUGCGCCUACGCCGAUGGUUGCUUCACUGUUGAGGAGACCAUUCUGUGUGCGCAUGCCCGGGGGCGUGCCUCCCUCGAAACAAAUCUCAUCAAGGGCGUGAUGGCUGCUGUUGGUAUGGGCUACCAGCAGAUCAAGGACGAGCUGCCAGCGUCGAUCGAGGUGGCUUGCCACAAUUCGGCAAGUAGCUGCACGCUGUCUGGUCCCGCCGCUGACAUGGAGGCAUACAUCCAGCAGCUCAAGGACCGCAAGGUGUUCGCCAAGCUCGUCAAUGUUGCCAACAUCGCAUACCACAGCCGGUACAUUGCGCCGGCUGCUCCUACACUGCUCAACUACCUCAAAGAGGUGAUAGUUGCGCCGAAAAAGCGUUCGUCGAAAUGGAUCAGCAGUUCGGUGCCGGAAGCGGAGUGGGAGGGAGGCCUGGCGCAAUGGAGCUCCCCCGAGUACCACACCAACAACCUGUUGAAACCGGUUCUGUUCGAGGAGGCGAGCGCGCACAUCAAGAAGGACGCCAUCUGCAUUGAGAUUGCGCCGCAUGGUCUGUUGCAGGCCAUCCUCAAGCGGAUGUCCAGCAACGGGUGCACCAACAUUCCGCUCACGUUGCGUGGCCACAAGGAUGGUGCUAGGUUCUUCUUGGAGGCUGUUGGCAAGAUGUAUUUGAAUGGACUUCUACCAGAUGUGAAGAAACUGUAUCCUAGUAUUGAGUUUCCAGCAUCUCGUGGCACACAGCCGCUUUGCGAACUUAUUACCUGGGAUCAUUCUGAAAUCUGGGCUUCAGCUGCAUCCGCCAACGUUAUAAAUAUAUUGCCUGGAUUGAGGAAUAUUCGUGUGGAUCUCAACAACAUAAAACAUCAUUUCUUCCUUGACCACAAGAUCAACGACAGAUGGAUUUUGCCAGAGGCUGCUCAUUUGUAUUUCGCUUGGGAGACUUUGAUGCUACUGGCGAAAGAAUUCUCAUUCGAUAAAACAGUGAUUUUUGAGAAUAUCAGAUUCCAUGAAAUGGCUGUAAUCGAUGCAAAAACCACUGUGCUCGAAGUGAACAUUCUUCUUCAGAUUGGCAGUGGAAAUUGGGAACUUCUAAUCAAUGAUAAAAUAACAGCCACCGGAUGUGUCAGGGAGGCUCAUGAGGUUUAUGACAACGUUGAUGAUUAUUUUCUUGAAGAAGACUUGCUAGAGUUCCAUGAAACCGGAAAUGACGUCAAGCUUGAUAAGAAGGACGUCUAUGAAAUACUGGGAAAUGUUGGAUUUUCACUGAGAGGUGGAUUUGAAUCGAUUCAAAGCGUGGUUCUGAAUGAGAAAGGAGUGAAGAGUUCCAUCGUAUUCUCAGACAAUUGGACUCAAUUUUUGGAUGGUAUCAUGAAAAUUGCCACUUUUGGAAAAAUAGAAGCUGAUAAUAAACUAUACAUGCCGACCGCAAUCCAAAAGCUUAUUGUUAAAGCUGAUAAGAUCAGAGAUGGCCAAGUUGUCGAUAUAAUCAUGGACUAUCAUACAAAUCGAAUUUCUUGUCCUGCCUUGAAAGUUUUUGGUAUUCAAUCUGAACAAGUGACGGUUGAACCAUUAUCAGACAUCAAUUUACGACUUGAUGAGUACAGAUUUGUGCCGCAUUUCAAUUCUUCUACUAAGGGUGUUGAACAGCUAUUAACAGUAUCGAUGCAAUUAGCUCUGGAGAACUGCAUCUCUCACCAAAAUGUGAAUUAUGAGUUGGAAAUUAUUGUCCUGGAUGAUAAGAGCAGAAUCAACCAUCUCAUUCCUAAAAUUGAGGAAGCUGUUCACGGAAAGUCCAAUCUCAAGAUUAAAAUAUUACCAGCAUCUCGACCUCUGGAUGAGCUUUUGGAGAACAAAACGAAACCUUCAUCGCUACUCAUUAUAACAGCUGAAAAUUCACUGAAAAACUCGUUGGAUAUCCUGCAGAAACAUCAAGAAUGUCACGUGCUGGCGUUUGUAGCUUCUCAGAAUGAUCUCAUACGGAAAUCCAACUGCAAAGUGCUGUAUCAGCAACAAGUUGCUAACGACAAUAUUGUACUUCUGAAAAAGACUAUCAAACCAGAGACACGAUCGUGGUCUGUCAUACACGCUUCUAAUCCCAACUGGUUAUCUGAAUUGGCUUUCCUCAGAUCGUCUUCCUCAUACUCCAAUUCCAACCAUGUUAUUUAUCUGGUGGUUGACGAGGAACAGCACACGGGAAUACCUGCAUUCAUAAAAAGUGUUGAACAAUCUUAUUCGAAGAGUAACCAGAUAAGGUACUUCAUACUGCAUGACACAAAAUGUCCCAAGUUCACGCCGAAUCUGCCAUUCUAUUCGGAACAAGUCAGUCUGGACUUGAAAAUCAACGUGUACAAAGAUGGUCAAUGGGGCAGCUACAGGAGAUUCAAGUUGGCCGAUGAUGUGAAGCCUGAAUUGCAAGUUGAUCCGUCUUUCACAGCUCUUUCUACUCUCAGUACUGAUGAAAUCGACCUCCACUACUUGGGAUUCAAUGGCAAGGAUCUAUCGGCUUCUCCCAACAACUUUUCGUUAGAGUUGGGUCACUUGGAUUACUCAGGAGCCAAUUCGAAAGGAGAGCGAGUGAUGGGUCUCUCUCCGCAUCAGAGUGGGAUGACAAAACUACAGCCUGACCCAAUUCUCAAGUGGAACAUCCCGGCUUCAUGGAGCUUUGAAGAGGCAGCCACUGUACCACUGGCUUACACUAUGGCCUAUUAUUCUCUAAUCGAAAUAGCAAGACUGACUCCCAAACGGAAGGUUCUGAUACACUGUGGAUACACUCCAAUCGGAAUGGCAGCUCUAUCAAUUGCUGUGAAGGAGCAGUGCACCAUAUUCACCACCUACUCCAAUGAUGAACAAGCUAAGCUUAUUCUCAAGAAAUUCCCCUCUAUAAACAGACAACACUUAUUCCAAGAAAACGAAAACUUCGACAUUCAAAUCAACAUUAUUACGAAAGGAUCAGGUGUUGACAUUGUGUUGAAUCUCAGUGAGAGCAAAAUUUCUGCUUCAUUGGAAUGUCUUGGUCAAUACGGAAGAUUCUUGCAUUUGGGUCAGAACAAAAAGGAACUGAAAUCUUCAAUUGGAAUGUUCGUCUUUCUGAAAGCGAUAUCUGUGUUUGGAGUGAAUGGGAACAGUCUCUUUGAAUACCCUGACAGUAUGAAAGAGAAGCUGAGAAAUUUGAUACAGGCGGGAAUUGAAGAUGGAACAGUCAAACCUUUGGAUAGAGUUGUUACCCAGGGUCCAUGCACUGAUAAAGAUGCUUCUGAAAUGAUAAGGGCUUCUAUUACGAAUAAUUCGUGGAAGAAGAUUGAGCAUUGUAUUAAACCAGAGAAGUCCAAAAAAUCGGUUAACUCUCUGGUUAAUAAGUUCUCCUGUAAUCGGAGUCGUAGUUACAUUGUUGUGGGUGGUGCAUCUUCUUUAUUCCUGGAUAUUAUAACUUGGUUGGUGAAAAGAGGAGCUAAAAAGCUGGUUAUUAUCAACCAGCAGAGCAUGAGUACAGUUUCAAAUAGGAGGUUGGAUCUACUGAUGUCGGAGUACAGUGACUUGAUGGUCGAAAAAAUCUCAGCCGAUCAAAUAAAAUCGGUGAAAGAAGCACAAAAUAUUAUCUGCAAAGCCAUCACUCUAGGACCUGUUGAUGGUGCCUUUUUCGUUGCAUUGAAUGAGAAAACCGAUCUGAUCAACUACUUUGACCGAGCGACGCGGAACUUGUGCCCCAACAUGUCGCAUUUCGUGUGUGUGCUGUGUGGUGGAGGCAUGUUGUGCGACAUCCGACGCGAGUGUCGUCUGGCCGGAGUGGCGCUGCACUGUGAGAAGCCAAAACUGCACACUGCGCAAGUGAUCUGCGCAUUGGACAAAGCCAUCUCCACCAACAGUGUCAGCCAGAUUCUGUUGACUGAGUGCAGUUCGGAUUCUACCUCAGAAGACAGCAAGUCGUUCAUCCGUCACUUGUCGUGGCACUUACCGAGUUCCACCGAGGAACUACUGUCAUUCGGCAAACAGCUGACCUCCACCCAAGCCAGGUUCGAAGAGAUCUGCACGCUGAGUCCUCGCUACUCCAAGACCAAGGGAACUUCGCCCGUCUUCUUCAUUCCUGGCUUCAAACCGAACCAGUUCAGGAAGAUGAUUUCGAGGCUCGUCUAUCCGGCGUUCAUUGCUCGGUUACCGGCUGAAAUAUCUUCGGUACAGGAGGUGGCUGAGGAACUUGUCAAGAACUUGAAAAGCAUCCGAACGUCUGUAUGCUACACAUUCAUAGCGUCUGGUUGGGGAGGGCUGUUGGCUUUGAAGAUGGUGAGCCUGUUGGAGAGAGAGGGAAUUCUGGCCACGGUGAUGAUGAUCGAUGCUUCACCUGAUUCAAUCCUCAAGUGGACAUCCUCCUUCAAGGAUGACAUGGAAGCAAAACUCAUCAACAGAUACUUCUCUUUGACCAAUGAGGAACAACUCAAACUUGGAAGCCUCAAAGAUUGGAACAUGGUGUUGAGUGGUCUCUCUGAUAAAGUGCUGAAAAACGUUAACGACAUGGAUAAAAUGAAACUAGCGUUGACUGCGUUGAGGAACAGAAUUCAACUUUUCAAUGAUCAGAGUACACCUGAACCUCUCAAAGAUGCCAUUCUGCUCGCCUACAAACCCUUUGAAACCAACAUCAGCAGUUCUCUAUCAAACUUGAAAAAUCUGUGCAAAAACGUGAUCACAGUCUCCAUAAGUGAGAAAACUGAUUUGCAAAGCAUGGUAGAUGAUGAGGACUUUAUCAAAGAGAUAAAUACCAAUGUACAGUUUGAGUAUCCCGAUGCUAUUAUUAAGCCAGAGACUGUGAAAACUUUAUCCUCAUUGGUUAAGGUUUAUUCUAUAAGACGUGGUAAUUAGACUCACUUGUCAUACUCUAGGUAGAGUUUGAUUUAGUUGUUUGUUGAAAGAUUGUCUGAUCUGAAAGAAAGUGACUCUGUAAAAACGUAGUUUGUAGCAAUAAAAAUAAUUCGGCUCAAUUGAAGAUUGAUAA